AAAGAUGUCUAGCAAGUCUGAAGGCACAGAUUUUAUUCCCUGCUGAGUGACCACAUUUCAUGGUGGAGAUGCACAGAGGGGAUGCAGCAAGGCUGUCCCACGGGGGACACUGGGCUUUUCAUCCUCUGGGGUUAUGCGAAGCAGGGCAGACAGUCCACACCACAACAUGCCUUCAUGCCACUGGGACAGAAUAUUGAUUGCAAUUGCCUGCUGUGUGGUGACUCUGACCCUCUGGUCCCUUUGUGCUUGGCAGCUUAUCAUCAAGUUUCACACAGAAAUUACAGAAACCGUGGUACCUCCUUGCUUCUGCCGCAAUGGGGGAAUCUGCCAGGAUGGAUCCUGCGUGUGCCCUGAUGAGUGGAUAGGACUCCUUUGUGAUAUAGCUAAUUUCUGUGAGGCCAGUACUUACACAUACAACAAUUCUGAAAGCAAUACAAAAACUCUUACUUUUGAAAGGAUUAUAGUGGGUAAAUAUGGCAGCUCCAAAGAAAAAUGUGAACCUCACACUGCGAAUGGUAACUCUUCAAUUGCGAUUCGGUUGUGCUCCAGAAACGGAAUAAGUCUUACUUUAGAGCAACCCAGUGUGCAGAAUUGUAAUGAAAAUCUGGACUCCCUAGCAUCACAGGUGGAAACUGCAGACUCCAACGCUAUUUUAGAAAUUGCAAAGACCACUCAAAUCCUUACCGCUGUGCCUGACCAACUGACCACACAGAAGAUCUCUGCUGCUGUGAAUAUCUCGGUGCAGAUUCUGAAAAAGCCAGACAUUUCAGAUGACCCUCAAGCAUCUGAAACAGUAGUGACUACAGUGAGUCAGCUCUUGGAUGCCAAGGAAACAGAAUUCAGCAAUGAUCUUGUCAAUGUUACAUCAAGCCUCACAAAAGCGAUUGAAGAAUUUUCUUUGAUGAGCAACAUCACUCAGACCAACAUUGCAGUCCAGUCUGUCCCACUGAUGUUGAACUCCUCUGCGAUUCUGUUUUUGGCACAGAGAGAUGAAACACUGGGAAAUUUUCAGACAACAAAACUAGAAAUACAGGAAGAUGCCACUGGGCUUAGUGAUGAACUCGGUACUGAAGUUCAGAUCCUGCUCAAUAUUACAAGUAACAGUUCAUCAAAUAAUAGAAGAGCUGGCUUUGUCCUUUAUCAAAAUGACAAACUCUUCCAGUCACAGACUGAUGCAAAGCUCAAUUUUUCUAAACAAGUUGUCUCCGGCACUAUUGAUGGCGGAACAGCCAAUGGUGUUGAAAUAGCCUUCAAUCCCAAGUACAACACAUCCAAAUUUCAGCUGCAUGAUUAUGCGUGCGUCUUUUGGGACUAUGCUGUGAAUGACUGGAACACCGUAGGCUGUACAAAAGAAAGAGGCCAAUUCUUGAGAUGCAAGUGCAACCACACUACUCAUUUUGCUGUCCUGAUGGCCUUUCGGAUCAAUUAUAAAUAUGCAAAGCCUUUGGAGUAUAUCUCAUACGUUGGUGUUGGAUUGUCCAUUGCUGGUCUGGUCAUUACCAUUUUAUUUCAAAUAUUCACUAGGAAAACUCGGAAGUCAUCUGUAACGUGGAUGUUAGUGAGUCUCUGUUCCUCAAUGCUAACUUUUAACAUCAUCUUCAUCUCUGGAAUUGAAAACCGAAAUGCCAGGAAUCACAGCAGCAAUACCAGCGUAGACGAACAGCAAUCCCGUGCUUACAAUACCGCCAAUACCUUGCCCAAAGAUGGUGUGGUAGAUCCUCCUGAAGACUCCUGGUGUAUGGCUGUGGCUGUCCUACUGCACUAUUUUUUGUUGGCAACGUUUAUUUGGACAGCACUCAAUUGUGCACAGUUGUACUUACUGCUGCUUAGAGCCAUGAAGCCCCUUCCUGGAAACUUCAUUGUAACCAUGUCAGUAAUUGGAUGGGGAAUCCCUGCUGUAGUAGUUGCAGUAACACUUGGAGUUACUUAUAGAGAAGGAAGAGCUUUAGACUACCGACAGGAAGAAUUUUGCUGGCUUGCAGCCCUGGAUGAAGAUCAGAAUUUCAGCAUAGAAAAGCCCAUGUUGUGGUCGUUCCUUUUGCCGGUAGCACUGAUACUCCUGUUUAACAUUAUCAUCUUCAUCAAGAUCGUUGUCUCUGUGAUAUGGAAGGAGAACAAGGAUUUGACAAGGAAUAAGAAGGAUUCAUUCAUGGGAAAGAUCACCGGCACUAUCUCUGUCGUUGUAGUGCUUGGAAUCACCUGGACAACAGGCUACUUCAUGCUAAUAAAUCAGGAGGAAACUACUCUUGUUUUCAGCUAUGUGUUUUGCAUUUUGAAUGCUACACAGGGAAUUCAGAUUUGUAUUCUGUACACUUUCAGAUCACCAAUUUUCAAGAAAAAAGUUUCUAAAAUGAGUUCUGCUUGGAAGAUGCCAGAGAUAUCAUUCUACCUGCAUUCACAAAUUUACCAUGUCUCAAAAUUACAGCCUGUAAAACAUUUCCGGGAAACUUUCAGAUCAUUUGAGACAGAAAAUAUUUCCUUUUCCACCUUCUCUGAUUGCUAUUAG